UCUUAAACCUAGUGAAGCGGCUAUAAAAGCCAAGACAGCUAGGGUUUUUUCACUUCAUCAUCCUGGUACGCAUCUUUCCUCGCCGCUCGCCACCCGCCACCGUCUCUCUUUCUCUCUACUUACAGGUAUGGCAACAGCCGUGGCAGCCACCGGGACAGUACAGCAAGAAGGAACUCAACCUCACUUCGAGGUCAAGCUCUUCAACCGGUGGAGCUUCGAGGAAGUUCAGGUCACUGAUAUCUCUUUGAGUGACUACAUUGGUGUCCAAGCUGCCAAGCAUGCGACCUAUGUUCCCCACACUGCUGGGAGGUACUCAGUUAAGCGUUUCAGGAAGGCUCAGUGCCCAAUUGUUGAGAGGCUUACAAACUCACUGAUGAUGCAUGGCCGAAACAAUGGAAAGAAACUCAUGGCAGUCAGGAUUGUGAAGCAUGCCAUGGAAAUUAUUCAUCUCCUGACUGAUCAGAACCCAAUUCAAGUCAUUGUUGAUGCUAUCAUCAACAGUGGACCCCGUGAAGAUGCUACUCGUAUUGGUUCUGCUGGUGUUGUCAGGCGUCAGGCUGUUGAUAUUUCUCCUCUUCGUCGUGUGAAUCAGGCCAUCUAUCUCUUGACCACUGGUGCCCGUGAAUCUGCAUUCAGAAACAUUAAAACUAUUGCAGAAUGUUUGGCUGAUGAGCUUAUUAAUGCUGCAAAGGGAUCAUCAAAUAGCUAUGCCAUCAAGAAGAAGGAUGAAAUCGAGAGAGUUGCCAAGGCCAACCGUUGA